AAAUGAAGUAAAGAAAGAGAAUCAAAGAAGCGAAAGGAAUUGAGAGAGAGGGAGGGAGGCAGGCAGACAACUGUGAGCCAGGCAUAUAGCAGACACGUAUAGUACAACACCGGGCUGCAAUACCACGGAAUACACGGAAUAUAAUCCAAGGGAAUUGCCUGUGCUACGUCUAUUACAUAGUAACACAUACCGGUACAGAUCUGGAAGAAGGUACCCCGAAAAUUUCAGGUAACCACAGAAAAAAUGGAAGACAUUGUAAUAGCUGGGAUAUCAGGGAGACUCCCUGAGUCAGACAACCUCGAGGAAUUCUGGGAAAACCUCAUCAAUGGAGUUGACAUGGUAACAGAAGAUGACAGGAGGUGGAAACCAGGACUCUAUGGUCUGCCGCGUCGGAACGGGAAGCUGAAGGAGAUCAGUAAAUUUGAUGCCUCGUUUUUUGGAGUCCAUCCCAAACAGGCCCACACCAUGGACCCUCAGCUCAGACUGAUGAUGGAGAUCUCCUAUGAAGCCAUCGUGGAUGGAGGUAUAAACCCGGUUGCCAUGCGUGGCUCCAACACUGGCGUCUACAUUGGCGUCAGCGGGUCGGAAGCAGCUGAGGCCUUCAGCCGGGACCCGGAGGAGCUGCUGGGGUACAGCAUGACCGGGUGCCAGCGCGCCAUGUUUGCCAACAGGCUCUCCUACUUCUUUGACUUCAAUGGCCCGAGCACCGCAAUUGACACAGCCUGCUCCUCCAGUCUGCUCGCCCUGGAGAACGCCUUCCAGGCCAUUCGCCACGGCCAGUGUGACUCCGCCCUGGUGGGAGGGGUCAACCUGCUGCUCAAACCCAACACCUCCGUGCAGUUCAUGAAGCUGGGCAUGCUCAGUCCGGGGGGCUCCUGCAAGUCCUUCGAUGCGUCAGGUGACGGAUACUGUCGCUCUGAAGCUGCAGUGGCCGUCCUGCUGACCAAGAGAUCGAUGGCCAGGCGGGUCUACGCCACAGUCCUCAAUGCCGGCAACAACACAGAUGGGUACAAAGAGCAAGGCGUGACGUUCCCCUCAGGAGAGAUGCAGCAGCGCUUGGUUCGGUCCCUGUACCAGGAGGCGCGCAUUGCCCCGGAGGAGGUGGAGUACAUCGAGGCACACGGCACAGGAACCAAGGUUGGCGACCCUCAGGAAGUGAACGGGAUUGUGGGUGUUUUCUGCCAGUCGGAACGCGAGCCUCUCCUGAUUGGCUCCACCAAGUCCAAUAUGGGCCACCCAGAGCCUGCCUCUGGACUGGCAGCCUUGGCCAAGGUGGUGCUGUCUCUUGAACACGGGGUGUGGGCCCCCAACAUCCACUACAACACCCCCAACACUGACAUCCCGGCUCUGACAGACGGCAGGCUGAGGGUGGUCUCGGAGCCAAUCCCCGUGCGAGGGGGCAUUGUGGGCAUCAACUCCUUUGGGUUCGGGGGGUCCAACGUGCAUGUGAUCUUGCGCCCCCCUGGCGCCCGGCCCCUCCGCCCUUCACAGAGCCUCGCGCUGCCCCGAUUGCUCCAGGUCUGCGGCAGGACGGAGGAGGCAGUGAGCACGCUCAUCCAGGAGGGCAGGAACCACGCCGAUGACGCCACCUUUCUGAGCAUGCUCAAUGAGGUGUCGGCAGUGCCCACUGCCGCCAUGCCCUACAGAGGGUACGCUCUGAUUGGCAGUGAGUCAGACAUCACAGAGAUCCAGCAAAGCCAGGCCACUCCCAGGCCUCUCUGGUACAUCUGCUCAGGUAUGGGCACGCAGUGGGCAGGGAUGGGACGCAGCCUGAUGCAGCUGGCUGAGUUCCGCGAGUCGAUCCUGCGCUCGGACCAGGCUCUGAGGGACACGGGGCUACAGGUCUCCCAGCUCCUCAUGGAAGCCGAUGACAGCACCUUCGAGGACACUGUGCACGCCUUCGUGGGCCUGGCCGCCAUCCAGAUCGCUCAGAUUGACAUGCUGAGCAAGCUGGGUCUGCAGCCGGACGGCAUUGUGGGACACUCGGUGGGGGAGCUGGCGUGCGGAUACGCAGACGGGUCUCUGAGCCACAGCGAGGCUGUCCUCGCAGCCUACUGGAGAGGCCGCAGCAUCAAGGAGGCAAAACUGCCCCCCGGGGGCAUGGCUGCAGUGGGCCUGACGUGGGAGGAGUGUAAGGCGCAGUGUCCGGAGGGUGUGGUCCCAGCCUGUCACAAUGCAGAGGACACUGUCACCAUCUCAGGACCACAGGAGUCGGUGAGCCAGUUCGUUGCUAAGCUGAAGGAAGAGGGCGUCUUUGCCAAGGAGGUGCGCAGUGCCGGGGUAGCUUUCCACUCAUACUACAUGGCCUCCAUCGCCCCCUCCCUGCUCGAUGCACUCAAGAAGGUGAUAAAGAACCCGAAGGAGCGCUCUCCUCGCUGGAUCAGCACCUCCAUCCCACAGUCAAACUGGGACAGCCCCCUGGCGCGGCUCUCCUCGGCUGAGUACCACGUCAACAACCUGGUGAGCCCUGUGCUGUUCCAGGAGGGUCUGAACCUGGUGCCAGACAACGCCGUCGUCGUGGAGAUCGCCCCACACGCUCUGCUGCAGGCAAUCCUAAAACGCAGUUUGAAGACCACUUGCUCCAUCCUUCCUCUGAUGAAGAGAGACCACGCCAACAACCUGGAGUUCUUCCUGUCUCACAUCGGCAAGGUCUACAUGAGCGGGAUCGAGGUGGACUGUAACAAGCUGUACCCUCCUGUGGAGUACCCCGCCCCCGUCGGGACCCCCCUAAUCUCCCCCCACAUUGUCUGGGAUCACAGCCAGACCUGGGACGUCCCGAGCAUCGAGCAUUUCCCAGCAGGCUCUGGGGGGUCCAGCUCUGUCACUGUCUAUAACAUUGAUAUGAACCCGGAAUCUCCAGACUCGUACAUGAUUGGCCACUGUAUUGAUGGGCGUGUCCUGUACCCAGCCACGGGCUACCUGGUCCUGGCCUGGAGAACGCUGAUGCGGACCCUCGGAGCCGUCAUGGAGCAGACCCCUGUGAUGUUUGAAGAUGUGACCAUCCACCGGGCCACCAUACUCCCCAAGACAGGCUCAGUGCAGCUGGAAGUACGCCUCAUGCCAGCUUCAAACAAAUUUGAGGUGUCUGAGAACGGAAAUCUGGCUGUCAGUGGAAAGGUGAGCCUUCUGGAGGAGGCUGCCCUGAACAACUUCCGAAACCAGAUGGACGUCCCCCCUGAGGGCACAGAUUGCAACCCCAAACUGCGCCUGACCUCCAGCGAGAUCUACAAGGAGCUGCGCCUUCGAGGCUACGACUAUGGCAAGACGUUCCAGGGCAUCCUGGAGUCCAACAAUGCAGGUGACCGUGGGAAACUGCUGUGGAGUGGGAACUGGGUGACCUUCCUGGACACCAUGCUGCAGAUGAUCGUGGUGGGGCUGUCUGGACGCAGCCUGCGCCUGCCCACACGAAUCCGCUCCGUCUGCGUGGACCCCAGGCUGCACGAGGAGAGGGUGCGAGACCACACCGAGGACAAGAAAGCAGCGGAUGUUGUCGUCAACCGUUGCCUCGACAACAUCGUGGCCGGCGGAGUUCAGAUCUGCGGCCUCCAUGCGACUGUGGCACCUCGUCGCCAACAGCAACAGACCCCGCCCACGCUUGAGGAGUUCCGCUUCGUGCCGUACGUGGAGACAGAGUGCCUGAGGGGCAGCGAGAAGCUGCGAGCCGAGCUGGGACAAUGCAAAGGGCUCAUCCUGAAGCUGCAGAGGAAGCUGGCUCAGCAGGGGGUGAAGCUGUUGAUCCCAGGGCUGGAGCAGGUGGCAGGAGGGCAGUCUGUGUCUCAGUCAGGGAAGGGUCUACUGCACCUCCUCUCAGUACUGUGCAAGCUGGAGCUGAACGGCAACCUGCACUCGGAGUUGGAGCAGACUGUGGCGCGCGAGAGGGGCUGCCUGGGAGAGGACCCCCUGCUGAACGGGCUGCUGGACUCCGCUGCGCUGCGAGUCUGCCUGGACACUGCACUGGAGAACAGCAGCCCCGGACGCAUGAAGAUCCUUGAGGUUUUGUCUAGCAAUGGGCGCUUGUUUUCCCGGAUUGUCCCACUCCUCAAUAUCCAGCCCAUGCUGCAGCUUGACUACACCGCCACAGACCUGACCUCCGACCUUCUGACAGUCCACCAGAGCGAUCUGGAGGCGCUGGGGGUCUCAGUGGCUCAGUGGGACCCCAGCGCCGGCCCGGCACCCGGGAACCUGAGUGGCAUGGACCUGCUGGUGUGUAACAGCCCAGCCAGCCCCCUGCGCAACCCCUCCAACGUCAUUUCCAACCUGGUGUCCGCAGUGAAGGGGGACGGCUUCGUGCUGCUGCACACCCUGCUGAAAGGAGACACGCUGGGGGAAACCAUCGGCUUCCUCACCACCCACAACCAAGAGCAAGGGCUCCUCUCACAGACGGAGUGGGAGGAGGUGUUCAGCCAGGCCUCUCUCCACGUGGUUGCCAUGAAGAGGUCCUUCUAUGGCUCCGCCAUCUUCCUGUGUCGCCGGCAGGCCCCCGAGAAGGUGCCCAUCUUCCUGCCUGUCGACGGGGCUGACUACAAGUGGGUGGAGCGCCUCAAGUCCACUCUUGCUGAGCCCUCGGACGACCCUGUCUGGCUCACAGCAAGCAGUCGUGGGGACUCUGGAAUUGUGGGCAUGGUGAACUGCUUGAAACAGGAGCCUGGAGGAAACCGGAUACGCUCUGUGUUUGUGUCAAACCUGGACCCCUCAUCGACCACCCCCUCUCUCGCUCCCACCCACAAGGACAUGCAGGCCGUCCUCCUCCAUGACCUCACAAUGAACGUCUACCGCGACGGCCAAUGGGGCGCCUUCAGACACACUCUGCUGCAGACAGAUCUGAGUGUGGAACAGACCGAGCUGGCCUAUGUAAACGUGUUGACCCGCGGUGACCUCUCCUCUCUGCGCUGGAUAGUUUCGCCCCUGCGCCACUUCAAACCCACCAAUCCCAGCGUGCAGCUCUGCCAGGUCUACUACGCCUCGCUCAACUUCAGAGACAUCAUGCUGGCCACUGGCAAGCUGCCCCCCGACGCCAUCCCAGGUGACGUUGCACUGCAGCAGUGCAUGCUGGGAAUGGAGUUCUCAGGUCGUGACCCCAGCGGGAAGCGUGUGAUGGGGCUGCUCCCGGCAAAGGGACUGGCGACAGUUGUCGACUCUGACAAGAGGUUCCUGUGGGACGUCCCCUCCAGCUGGUCUCUGGAGGAGGCAGCCUCUGUCCCUGUGGCUUACGCCACUGCCUAUUACUCCCUGGUGGUGCGGGGCCGACUGCGCAGCAGGGAGAGCGUGCUUAUUCACUCGGGCUCAGGAGGAGUUGGCCAGGCAGCCAUUGCUAUCGCCCUGAGCAGAGGCUGCAGAGUCUUCACCACCGUGGGUUCAGCAGAGAAACGUUCCUACCUCCAGGAGAGGUUCCCCCAGCUGGACAAAGACUCCUUCGCCAACUCCCGAGACACCACCUUCGAGCAGCACGUCCUGCGAGCCACCAGCGGGAGGGGUGUUGACCUGGUGCUGAAUUCCCUGGCUGAAGAGAAGUUGCAGGCCAGUCUGCGCUGUCUGGCUCGUCACGGACGAUUCCUAGAGAUCGGCAAAUACGACCUGUCCAAUAACAGCCCUCUGGGCAUGGCUCUGUUCCUGAAGAAUGUAGCGUUCCAUGGGAUUCUGCUGGAUGCUCUCUUUGAGGAGGGUAACCAGGAGUGGGAGGAGGUCUCGGAGCUUCUGCAGGAGGGGAUCCGCAGCAAGGUGGUCAAACCGCUCCGGACCACCGUCUUCAAGAGAGACCAGGUGGAGGACGCCUUCCGCUACAUGGCUCAGGGCAAGCACAUCGGCAAGGUGGUGCUGCAGGUUCGAUCGGAGGAAAGCGGGACCCCAGCUCAAGAGAGCUGCCUCUUCGCCAUCUCACGCACCUCCUGCCCCGCCUCCCACUCUUACAUCAUCACUGGUGGGCUGGGCGGCUUCGGCUUGGAGCUUGCUCAUUGGCUGACGGAGCGAGGGGCUCGCAAACUGGUGCUGACAUCACGAUCCGGUAUACGCAAUGGGUACCAGGCGAAGAGGGUCCGAGAGUGGCAGGAGAUGGGGGUCCAGGUCCUGGUCUCCACCAGAGACGUCAGCACCCUGAAAGGAACGCAGAAGCUCAUCAAAGAGGCAUGCCAGCUGGGACCAGUAGGGGGCAUCUUUCACCUUGCCAUGGUACUGAAAGACGGCAUGUUAGAAAACCUGACCCCAGAGCACUUCCUAGAUGUGAACAAACCCAAGUACAGUGGCACCAUUCACCUGGACAGGGUGACCCGCGAGAAGUGCCCGGAGCUGAGCUAUUUUGUGGUGUUCUCGUCGGUGAGCUGCGGCCGUGGCAACGCCGGGCAGAGCAACUACGGCUUUGCCAAUUCCACCAUGGAGCGCAUCUGUGAGCAGAGACAGCACGACGGCUUCCCUGGCCUGGCGGUGCAGUGGGGCGCCAUCGGGGACGUGGGCGUGGUCUUGGAGACGAUGGGCGGGAAUGACGCUGUGAUUGGCGGCACCCUGCCCCAGCGGAUUGGCUCCUGCAUGGAGGUGCUGGACCGCUUCCUGAACCAGCCCCACCCUGUCAUGUCCAGCUUUGUGCUGGCGGAGAAAGCCGUGACUGUGAAGGGUGACGGGGCCGACCAGAGAGACCUAGUGGAGGCCGUGGCACACAUCCUGGGAGUGCGAGAUGUGAGCAAUCUGAAUGCCGACACCACGCUGGCUGACCUGGGCCUCGACUCGCUGAUGGGCGUGGAGGUGCGGCAGACGCUGGAGCGCGACUAUGACAUCGUCAUGGCGAUGAGGGAGAUCCGCCAGCUCACCAUCAACAAGCUUCGGGAGCUAUCCAGCAAGCAGAGCGGCCCAGAGGAGUCCAGGCCGUCUCCCCUGAAGAAGGCGGGCCCCGCUGGUCUCACAGGCCAGGACCUCAACAUCCUGCUGGUGAACCCUGACGGGCCGACCGUGACGUGCCUCAACGAGGUGGAGAACACUGAGCGCCCCCUCUUCCUUGUGCACCCCAUCGAGGGCUCCAUUGAUGCCUUCCGCACCCUCACCUCCAAGCUCAGCGUGCCCUGCUAUGGCCUGCAGUGCACUAAAGCCGCUCCCCUGGACAGCAUUCAGAACCUGGCCUCCUACUACCUGGAGUGUGUGCGGCAGGUGCAGCCGGAGGGGCCUUAUCGCAUCGCUGGGUACUCGUUUGGGGCCUGUGUGGCCUUCGAGAUGUGCUCCCAGCUCCAGGCAGCCCAGCUCUCCCCCCGCCCAGUCGAGUACCUCUUCCUCUUUGACGGCUCCCAUUCCUACGUGGCAGCGUACACACAGAGUUACCGAGCGAAGUUAACCCCUGGCAAUGAAUCAGAGGCAGAAACGGAAGCACUCUGUGCGUUCAUUCAACAGUUUACCGGUGCUGAAUAUAACAAGCUCCUGGAGACCCUGCUGCCCCUGUCAGACCUGGAGUCUCGCGUCAACAGCGCCGUGGACCUCAUCACAGCCAGUCACAAGAGCAUGAGCCGAGACUCCCUGCGCUUCGCCGCCUCCUCCUUCUACUACAAGCUGAAAGCGGCCGACCAGUACGUGCCCGCCAACAAGUACCACGGCAACGUCACCCUGCUGAAGGCCAAGACCAGCAGCGAGUACGGGGACGGGCUGGGGGGAGACUAUCGGCUCCACGAGGUGUGUGACGGGAAGGUCUCUGUCCACGUCAUUGACGGGGAUCACCGCACCUUCUUGGAGGGAGAGGGCGUAGACUCCAUCACAGGCAUCAUCCACAGCUCGCUGGCAGAGCCCCGCGUCAGCGCCAGGGAGGGCUAGGACUCCAUCGGCCCACCACACUCCGCUUACUGACAUAGCGUUAGCGGUACAAAGGACUGGAUUUACCAAGUAUUUACACCGGUGUUAAGAGUGCAGCACUGUUAAUAUUGCUAUUGUGCAAAACUGUGAAGAAACAACUACAGUCCAUGUAAUAGUUCCUAAAUGUGUUCUAUUUGUAGUUUUCCUAAUACCUGCAGUUACUUUUAGAAAGUGCACACUUGUCAAUGGAGUAAAAGCUUGGUGAAUCUGUCCAAAGGUCUUGUGGUCCUACUAAAAUUCAGCAAGCAUUUGUUUAACAGCUUUCAAAAACAUUAGUACAUAUAACAUUCUCAAAUAUAAAUAAAUCCUUUUGUUAGGAGAAAGUCAUGUUGACCUCAUUUCGAGUGUUGGCCUCAUCUGGUGCCAUCAAGUUAAGCCAUAAAGGGCCAUAUUUUCAAUGUGUUACCUCUAGUCUUUAAUUAACUCCUAUUUUUUUAAAAAAUCAUGUAAAUGUUACAUGGGAAACAAACAACUUGAGAGUGCUUAAGAUAAUUGGAUUACGUGACUUAGUUGUUUGAUUCUAGUUUUGUAAAAUAGGAGCUAAAGACUGGAGUAAACACUUUGAAAAUAUAGUUCAAUAACUGAAUUAGACAAAAAAAAAGUGUCUGCUAAGGGGUAUUUAUCUUUUUUCCACAAAUUAAAAUAUAAAUGGGCAUUUAGUUGCAUGAUUGUAUAGCCAAAGCUAGGGCCCCACCCUGAUGAUGCAGAGCUAGUAAGGUGCAUAUUGCAAGUUCACACCAAAAAACAACCGUAUACAUUAGACACGUGUACAUAUCUAGAAACACCAGUAGAACUGCAUGUGACGUGUAACCACAGUACAGUGAUGUUGAGAUGUUGUUUCAAAAGAUGAAACCCUUUUUUUCCCCACUAGAUUCCCCAUUGCAGGUCAUUUUGUUUAAGAUUCAAUACUUUGCCUGUUGGUGGUGGAAUUCCGUAAGGACUGUUGAUAAAGGUAUUAGCAUAUGGAAAAACAAAUAACGAUAGUGCACAAUAUUAUUGCAAUGAGGGGAACCACAGAACCUAAGGAUAUUGGAAAGUAAUGUAUCCUAAAACAGUACAGAGAGGCAAAUGCAGGCAAUAGACAGAGAGACAAUUGGAACAUUUUUUCAGCCAACUUUGUCCAAGUCAUUUAGCAUUCAUCAAGGUGUAAUCUCUCUCGCCUGUAGCUGACUGAGUUGAAUAAUAUAAAGGACCUGGAAAUCAGGGUUCAGUUCUCAGUCACUACCUCUGUAUAAUGCUAAGGGUUCUUCGUACCUCACCAUGAAGUAUAACAUCUUUCUGUGGUAUAUUGUCUGGCAGUACUAUGUAAUGCUAUAGUAUUAUUUUCAUAUGGUUUAUGUCUCCAGGAAGGCCAUAGAAGUUCUGUAUCUUCAUUAUGCUUGUAAAGUCUGGCAGAUGUAUUUAUAUAAUCUGAAUCAAUGUGAGUUCAUCGUGACUGAGCCGAGCUAGGAACCACUGCUAUUGAUCAUGCUCAGUGUGUUUUCCUGAUUAUUAUAUAUCCUAUAAUAUAUAUAUAUAUAUUACAUUGCAUACACACACAAGAAUUAAUCAUGACAUUUUAUUUCCAGUAUUCGCUGUAAUAAAAAUUGUAGCAUACAUUUUGCCAAGUGCAAAAUAUUGAAUAGCAGCCAAGAACAAGUAAAUGUGCUUAUUUUCUCAAUCUACCCCUUAGAGAGGCGUCUUUGCCCUGGUUCAAGUGGGCUCUUCGCAGCAUGCACUCACAAGCAGUAACCUACAGUAACAGCACUGAAUAGAGCACAGGAAACAGGACCAACAAGGACACAGAGAGAUCUGAUGUUGGAGACGUUUAAUCAAGUCUGUGAAGAAUCAGAUGCUUUGUAAUUUAAAACUGUAAUAGUAAAUAGUUUGUAAUGUAAUGGAGGGGACAGAAUGGAACGUUCCUCUGUAGGUUUUUUUUUUUUUUAUAUUAUAUUUUUUAAUUCUGUGUUGUAAUUUCUCAAGUAUUUAUUGUACUAGUCCAAAUAAAUAGAUAUCGCUAA